AUGUCUUGUUCUCUUUCUUUGUGCACUCUCGUAAUUCUUUUCUCCCUCGUCUGCCAUCCUUCUAUACCCUUUGUCACUUCUCUUAACUUCAGUAUAAGUAGCUUUGACACAAAUCCAAACGACAUAAUAUACGAAGGAGUUGCAAAAAUUGCGUAUACAUCUGUUGAUCUAACCAAUAAAAAUACCCCACCAGCCUAUUACUUUCAAGUAGGCCGCAUUCAGUAUUCUAAACCCAUCGAUAUAUGGGAUUCUGCUACAGGAAAACAAGCCGACUUCGUUACUCGUUUCUCAUUCACCAUCGACACUUACAAUGCCGAUCAAUAUAGUGAUGGCAUUGCCUUUUUUCUUGCUCCUGUUGGAUUCUCAGUCCCCCCUAACUCAGCUGGUGGAUUCUUAGGAUUGUUCAAUGCAAGCACGUUUGAUGAUGAUCCUCGGAACCAAAUCGUCAUGGUCGAGUUCGAUACUUGGGUGAACACGGAAUAUGAUCCUCCGAUGCAGCACAUAGGAAUCAACAAAAACUCACUCUUUCCUCUUAAAUACACCAGUUGGAAUGCUGGAUCACACAGCGGCCGUGCAACUGAUGUUAUGGUGACCUAUAAUUCUACCAGCAAGAAUCUUAGUGUAUUCUGGUCAUUUGAUGACAAACCCAUUUCUCCGGAUACCAAAAGUUCCUCGCUUUCUUGCCAAAUUAAUCUCACUGAAGUUCUUCCUGAAUCUGUAGCGAUUGGAUUCUCAGCUUCUUUUGGCCUCUCUCCUGAGAGACACAGCAUCAAUUCAUGGGAAUUUAAUUCAAGCUUGAACGUUGUGCGGCCCCCAUCGGAGGAUGUGUCAAAAAAGGGCUUAAACUGUAAGAUGUAUAGGAUUAUAACAUUUGUCACUGCUCCCGUAGCAUGUCUCUUGCUGGUUAUUUCAGCAUGUUCUUGCUUAUUUAUGAUCAAGAUGAGGAAAAAAAGUGAGUUUGAGGCUCUGCCUCAAACUCACGAAGAGAUAUUAACAUUGCCUCUGCAAUUCUCUUAUCAAGAGUUGCUUGUUGCUACAAAUGGCUUUGCAAAUGAUCGAAGACUAGGCCGAGGAGGGUCCAGCCAAGUUUACGAAGGAUUUUUGAACCGUUUAGAUCGCCAAGUUGCCGUCAAAAGAAUCUUUGCAGAAUCCAAACACUCAGAGAAGGUCUUCACCAACGAAGUGAAGAUAAUAAGCCGCAUGAUACACCGAAAUCUGGUGCAAUUCAUUGGAUGGUGCCAAGAGGAAGGUGAGUUUUUGCUUGUUUAUGAAUAUAUGCCUAAUGGUAGCCUUGAUAAUCAUCUCUUCGAAACUCGAAAAAGUCUACCGUGGGAAGUGAGGUACAAGAUAGCUUCAGGGCUGGCGUUAGCCCUCAACUAUCUUCAUGAAGACCUAGAACAGUGUGUUCUUCAUAGAGAUAUAAAAGCCGCCAAUAUAUUACUCGACACGAACUUCAACACUAAGCUUGGAGACUUUGGAGUGGCUAAGCUCGUAGACACUCGGUUCAGGACACAAAUGACGGACGUGGUAGGGACAUAUGGUUACCUGGCACCAGAAUAUUUGAGUGAAGGUAAGUUUACUAAAGAAUCCGACAUGUUUAGCUUUGGGGUUGUCGCUCUAGAAAUCGCAUGCGGUAGGAGGACCUAUCCGGAAGGAGAAUUUCACGUUCCCCUAUACAAGUGGGUUUGGCAGCUUUACCUAACUGGAAACAUGCUUGAGGCAGCUGACGAGACUUUGAAUUCAAGUUUUGAUAGGAAGGAAAUGGAAUGCUUGAUGAUGCUGGGAUUGUGGUGCGUGCAUCCUGAUCCCAAGAAAAGGCUAAAUGCAAGACAAGUUAUCAGAUUUCUUAAGCUAGAAGCCUCGGUGCCCAAGUUUCCAAGUGACACCUACGGGGUUCCUUAUUUUAUAUCAGCGAUCAGCACUUAGAACAGAGUCUUCCUCUUCUAUUCAAGAAUUACCUCCCGUUAAGGAAAACAUAUCAUUGCUCCAAAAGCCAUACUGCAACACAUGUUGACUUCUGGGAAAAUAGAAGAAAUGUUGUGACGGAUUAUUAUGUUCAAUCAAU